AUGACUGGUGUCCAGAGUGACAGGGAGCAGGUGACUGGGGAACAGAGUGACAGGGAGCAGGUGACUGGGGAACAGAGUGACAGGGAGCAGGUGACUGGGGAACAGAGUGACAGGGAGCAGGUGACUGGGGAACAGAGUGACAGGGAGCAGGUGACUGGGGAACAGAGUGACCGGGAGCAGGUGACUGGGGAACAGAGUGACAGGGAGCAGGUGACUGGUGUCCAGAGUGACAGGGAGCAGGUGACUGGGGAACAGAGUGGCAGGGAGCAGGUGACUGGGGAACAGAGUGACAGGGAGCAGGUGACUGGUGUCCAGAGUGACAGGGAGCAGGUGACUGGUGUCCAGAGUGACAGGGAGCAGGUGACUGGUGUCCAGAGUGACAGGGAGCAGGUGACUGGUGUCCAGAGUGACAUGGAGCAGGUGACUGGUGUCCAGAGUGACAGGGAGCAUGUGACUGGGGAACAGAGUGGCAGGGAGCAGGUGACUGGGGAACAGAGUGACAGGGAGCAGGUGACUGGGGAACAGAGUGGCAGGGAGCAGGUGACUGGUGUCCAGAGUGACAGGGAGCAGGUGACUGGUGUCCAGAGUGACAGGGAGCAUGUGACUGGGGAACAGAGUGGCAGGGAGCAGGUGACUGGGGAACAGAGUGACAGGGAGCAGGUGACUGGUGUCCAGAGUGACAGGGAGCAGGUGACUGGUGUCCAGAGUGACAGGGAGCAGGUGACUGGUGUCCAGAGUGACAUGGAGCAGGUGACUGGUGUCCAGAGUGACAGGGAGCAGGUGACUGGGGAACAGAGUGGCAGGGAGCAGGUGACUGGGGAACAGAGUGGCAGGGAGCAGGUGACUGGGGAACAGAGUGACAGGGAGCAGGUGACUGGGGAACAGAGUGGCAGGGAGCAGAUGACUGGGGAACAGAGUGACAGGGAGCAGGUGACUGGUGUCCAGAGUGACAGGGAGCAGGUGACUGGUGUCCAGAGUGACAGGGAGCAGGUGACUGGGGAACAGAGUGACAGGGAGCAGGUGACUGGUGUCCAGAGUGGCAGGGAGCAGGUGACUGGUGUCCAGAGUGGCAGGGAGCAGGUGACUGGUGUCCAGAGUGGCAGGGAGCAGGUGACUAUUGUCCAGAGUGACAAGGUGAUUUCUAGAACUGCAGUAGCGGCAGUCAGCAGUUUUAGGUUCCUCAGCGUCCACAUCACCGAGGACUUGGCAUGGACCAACAACACAACCACUCUCGUCAAGAGGGCACAACAGCGUUUCCACUUCCUAAAGUGGCUGAAGAAAUGUGUCAUGCCACCCCAGGACCUAUACAAGAACUACCGCUGUACCAUCGAGCGUGUCCUGACCAGUUGCAUCAUGGUCCACGACCGCAAGGCCCUCCAGCGGGUGGUGGUGAAGACGGCCCAGCACAUCAAGUACUGCAGCAUCAUCAAGGACCCCACACCUCCAGCUGUUCACUCCUUUACCAUAGAGCAGACAGUGUCGGUGCCCCCUGCUGUGUCCCCUGCUGUGCCCCCUGCUGUGUCCCCUGCUGUGCCCCCUGCUGUGUCCCCUGCUGUGGCUCUGCUGUCCUCCUAG